GGCGCCUGCGCAGUGGGCGCGGGGCCUGCGCGGCGGCGGCGGCGGCGGCGGCGUUUCCUGCCGGGGAUGUCGGGGCCGGGUGGCCCGGGCCCCGGCGGGGGGAAGCUCGACAUCAAUCGCGCCGGCGUGGCCGAGCUCGAGGGCGCGCUCAGCGGCAUCGGCCGGCGCCGCGCCCGCGGCAUCGUGCGGAAGAGAGAGGAACUGAAGGGCUUCAACUCACUCGAUGAUCUUCUCCAUGUCAAAGGCAUCACCACCCGCAUCUUGGAGCUGAACAGUCAGCGGAUGACUUGCAGGAGGAGGCCAAGCAGUGAGGAAGCUGCGAGGGUGAGCCCUGGUCUGCAAGGCGACAGUAAAGCUCCUGUGCCCGAGGUGGUAGCUGAGGAGGAGGAUGUGUCGGGCCUCUGGGAGCCGGAGCGCUCUGGGAAAGGGAGCCCAGGGUCAGGACCAGAGGCUGAUGGCUCCAGUGGGCAAGGGACACAAGAGCCAGUCAGCUCCACAGUCUGUGGGGAGCAGGAGGAGGAGGAAGAAGAGGAAGAGGAGAGCUGCUACAGUGAGGAAGGAGAGGAUGGCAGCAACGUCUACUUCUAUUACACCAUUGGAGAACGCUGGAUAGACUACCUGCAACGGACAGAGGAUGGUGGCCUUCUCCGUCAUGUGCGGCCCAAGAUGAAGCGGAAGUCAGAGAACGGCUUGGAUGGCAGGGCCCUUUCCCCCGGUAAAAAGCUGUGCAAGGGCUCUGAGUACAGCAGGACACUGGGUCCCUGCAUGCCCAGUCCCACCACCACCUUUGGGGACCUGCGCAACGCCAAAGCAGGCCAGGCACGGCGCCGCCGCAUCCCCUCAGUUGCCCCUCCUCCUGAGCUGCAGGACUGGCUCCGCACCUUCCAGCGGUGGAGUGGCCCAGAGAAGCUGCUUGCUCUGGAUGAGCUCAUUGAUCGCUGCGAGCCCUCCCAAAUCAAGUACAUGAUGCAGGUCAUUGAACCCCAGUUCCAGAGAGACUUCAUUUCCCUGCUGCCCAAGGAGCUGGCACUCUAUGUCCUCUCAUUCCUGGAGCCUCGGGACCUGCUCCGUGCUGCCCAGACCUGUCGCUACUGGAGGGUCUUGGCUGAAGAUAACCUGCUUUGGAGAGAGAAAUGCCGCGAAGAAGGCAUUGAGGAGCCCUUGAACCUGCGGAAGCGGCGCCUGCUGAGCCCUGGAUUCAUGUAUAGCCCCUGGAAAUUUGCCUUCAUGCGGCAGCACAAAAUCGACAUGAAUUGGCGCAGUGGGGAGCUUAAAGCCCCCAAGGUGCUGAAAGGACACGAUGACCAUGUCAUUACCUGCCUGCAGUUCUGUGGCAACCGGAUAGUCAGCGGCUCAGACGACAAUACACUCAAAGUGUGGUCAGCUGUCACUGGGGAGUGUGUGCAGACACUGGUUGGCCACACAGGGGGUGUGUGGUCUUCCCAGAUGAGGGACAGCAUUGUCAUCAGCGGCUCCACUGACCGGACACUCAAAGUAUGGAAUGCAGACACAGGCGAAUGCGUGCACACGCUGUAUGGGCACACGUCCACAGUGCGCUGCAUGCACUUGCAUGGGAACAGGGUUGUGAGCGGCUCACGGGACGCCACUCUGCGCCUCUGGGACAUCGAGACUGGGCAAUGUCUACAUGUGCUGAUGGGGCACGUGGCUGCCGUGCGCUGCGUGCAGUAUGAUGGGCACAAGGUGGUGAGCGGUGCGUACGACUACACAGUGAAAGUGUGGGACCCCGAGAGCGAGAGCUGCACUCACACACUGCAGGGACACACGAACCGUGUCUACUCCUUGCAGGUAAUACCCUGGCUCCGCCUUCCCUCCCACUCACGUGCUGCAGGGACACAAGCCAUGCCUAUUUCGGCAAGCAAGAGGCUGUCUCCCCACCCCGUGCACGUGGUGCGGGGACACACAGGCCAUGUCUGUUCCCUGCAGUUUGACGGGACGCACAUCGUCAGUGGCUCUCUGGACACGUCGAUUCGCGUGUGGGAUGUAGAGAGUGGAAACUGCCUACACACCCUCAUGGGGCACCAGUCACUCACUAGUGGCAUGGAGUUACGUGACAAUAUCCUUGUAUCUGGCAAUGCUGACUCCACAGUCAAGAUCUGGGACAUCAAGACAGGCCAGUGCCUGCAAACACUGCAGGGGCCCAGCAAGCACCAGAGUGCGGUGACCUGCCUACAGUUCAGCUCCAAGUUUGUGGUGACCAGCUCAGAUGAUGGUACCGUCAAGCUCUGGGACCUCAAGACUGGCGAGUUUGUGCGCAACCUGGUUGCACUGGAGAGUGGGGGCAGUGGGGGCGUAGUGUGGCGCAUCCGCGCCUCCAACACCAAGCUCGUGUGUGCGGUGGGCAGCCGCAAUGGCACGGAGGAGACCAAGCUGCUGGUGCUGGACUUUGAUGUGGACCUGAAAUGAACCUGGCCAGUCGAGGCUGGGGUGGAGGAUCCCGCGGGCUGGGUGUAGCAGCUGGUCUUGGUGGGGCUGGCCCCGGAGCAGGUGCUAGCCCCCCGCGGGCUGUAAAUACUGUUUGCAGCUGUCUGGGCCUUAUUUAUAUAUGUGUGAACUCCCUGUGGGAAGCCUGCGCCCGGCUGGGGCACUGUACAGAGGAAGCAGCAUGUUUUGUACACACUAAUAUAUCGAUUUAUUUCUGUA